GGACGUGACGCCACACGCGCGGGUCUCCAGGGAGAAGUUGAGCAGCGGCUCGGAGCCGGGAACCGGGUCGCGGGUUUAAUCGGGGCCGAGUCCGGACUCGUGGAGCAGCCGCCUUCAGGGGGAGAGUUGUUCCGAGCUCCACAAGCACAGCCGGUCACUGCAGUGAGAAGCAGCCGGCCUCUUGCCGCAGCCCGAGGCUCCUGGACGCCCCGCCCGGCGUGGGCCUGAAUACGGGGUCGCGCAGGCGCGCUGUGGGAAUAGAGCGGUUUCUCUCCCGCUUGGUAUUGUGGGUGAUCAGGCUGCCAUUGCUUCCCGCUGCGCACACAGUCUACGGCUGACGGAUCGGCAGCUGCUGGUGGGUUUGCAGACCUUCCAUGGCCAAUUUUGAAGUGGCAGCGGAUGGAACUGGCGUUCACACGGGUAAAUAUCACACACUGCUCCAAGCACCUGAAGAGGUUCACUCAGUCUUCAGAUCAGAUGAGGUAUCCGCUGAUUUACUCCAGGGAGAGUCUGGUCACCUAAUUCGGGUGUGGAACGGAAUUCACCCGGAUAGUGACCUGGUGAACGAUGGGCGGGUGCACUUGGGUGAACGGAGUUUCACCUGCGCCGACUGUGGGAAGGAAUUCGCCGAGUCGUCCAACCUGCUGAGGCACCAGCGGAUUCACUCUGCAGAGAGGCCAUUCACCUGCUUGGAAUGUGGGAAAGGAUUCCUUUGGUCGUCCAACCUCCUACUGCACCAGCGAAAUCACACCGGGGAGAGGCCCUUCACCUGCUCUGAGUGCGGGAAGGGCUUCACUCAGUCAUACAGCCUUCUGCGACACCAUCGUGUUCACACCGGGGACAGGCUAUUCAGCUGUCCUGAGUGUGGAAAAGGGUUCACUCGUUCGAGUUAUCUGGCGAUACACCAACGCAUUCACACCGGGGAGAAGCCGUUCAUCUGUCUGGAGUGUGGGCAGAGGUUCACUCAGUCAUCCCACCUGGUGACACACAAGUGGGUUCACACUGGAGAAACGCCGUUCACCUGCUCCGAGUGUGGGAAAGGAUUCACUCGGUCGUCCAACCUGUUGAGGCAUAGAAGGGCACACACGGGAGAGAAUGUUUUUAACUGUGUGGGAUUGAAGCCCGACCACACGGAAUCACAGAGUAACACCACAAGUCUUCCGACGGCAUCGUAGAAGGAAGGAUGAGAGGAGGAAGGAGGGAUCGUGGUUGAGAAGUACAGACAAUCUCCUCCUCCCGUACCCCCCCCCCCCCCCCCCCCCCACCACUAACGUUACUAGGGAACGGACCACAUCACGGAUUCCUGUAUCGCCAGGCUGCUUUGUCUGCGUAAAGAAAUAAGAGUCGAAGAAAAAAUAAAUGCUGUGAUUUUUUUAAAUAAAUGUUUUCUC